AGGAGGUGGCAGGUGAGGAAAUAGGAAUCCCCAGGGGGAAAAGGUGUCAACGCGUCAGACAAGGCGAGAUAACAGCAAACAUCUCUCCUCUCCCUCCUUUAAACAACACACAACUGCCAAAUAUAGUCACAGAGAAAGAGGCCCGGGACAGCAUAAAAGAAGAGAGUUUUGGCUUCUUCGUUUGGUGUGACGGCUGAGGCACGAGGAGAGAAGAACCACCCUCCCUUCUUCCAUCAUUCCCCUGCCGCCACCACCAUCCAACAAUGGCGCUCACCAUUAAGCAAAUGUCCUUGAUUGUGGCGACCAUGGGCCUCUUGUCCUUCAUAUUUGGUGUCGUCGCGGAGAACAAGAAGCCACCAUCUGGGACGCCUAUUGCCGGAAAAGAUGUGGUCAUAUGCAAGUAUCCAUCCGAUCCAACCGUCCUCUUAGGAGGCCUUUCUGUUGUAUUUCUGGUUGCAUCAACGGUCACAGGCUACAUUUCUCUGUUUUAUCCGUACAAGGGGAGGUCUAUCCCGCAAUCGGCUCUCUUUCAAAGUACUACCUUCGUCGCAUUCUUCAACAUUGCUUUGUUUUUGACUGGACUAGCAGCAACAUUCCUUCUAUGGCCAACCAUCACCGAGCAACUUCACCUGUCGCGCAAUGUUCACCGCAAUCUUGACACUGAUUGUCCGACUGCAAAGACAGGUCUCCGGGGCGGUGCUUUUUUCUCCCUCGAUGCAUCCCUAUUCUGGUUGGUGGCCCUAAUGUUAGCCAACAAUGCCCGUGAGGACUACUUUGGCGAAGCAGAUAGCAAUGACAAGGGUGAUGCUGAUGAGGUCCUCACAGUGGACAUAUAGGGGGCGGCAUUGUUGCCUGUCGCAUAAUGUUAUCUGCCUCCUCUAUUAUGGAGAACUCAGAAAAGCACCAUAAGCAUGUUUCUCUGUCUCUAGUACUUGUGCUUCGACCGGAUCGCAUUCUUUCUAUUCUGGGUGGAUUUUCAAGCAGAACGUGCAAAUUGAGAGCAAAUGUCACUGAUCAAUGAUCAACAUCUUUGUAUAAAUUAGAGUUGAUCAGGAUUCCAAGCAAAUUCAUUUCAGCAUGCAACCAAAGCGCCAUGUCCUCGUUCCCAAAC